AUGCUCUCCCGUCCCCUCCCCCCCGCCUUCCGCCAUGCCAUCGGCUCCACUGCUUCCGGAGCUCGUCACCGCAGCACGAUCCAGUCCAUUCACGCGCGUGAAAUCAUCGACAGUCGUGGCAAUCCCACAGUCGAAGUGGAGUUGACGCUAUCGGAUCGAUCCGAGAUCUUCCGGGCUUCGGUCCCAUCCGGGGCGUCCACGGGUAUCCACGAAGCUGUCGAGCUCCGGGACGGGGGCAAACGCUACGCCGGGAAAGGCGUGCAACAAGCAGUUACCAAUGUCAAGCAGUUGCUGGCUCCCCAACUUCAGGGGUGGGAUCCCAGUCACCAGCGGGAGAUCGACCACCUCAUGUGUGAACUAGACGGGACGGAGAACAAGAGCAAGCUCGGUGCUAACGCCAUUCUCGGCGUCUCCCUUGCUGUUGCUAAAGCUGGUGCAGCAGUCAAAGCGGUGCCUCUGUACCAGCACUUUGCUGACCUCAUUGGCAACCCGAGCUUGGUACUUCCUGUGCCGAGCUUCAAUGUCAUUAAUGGCGGGUCUCAUGCUGGAAACAAACUGGCUUUUCAGGAAUUCAUGCUGCUACCAACAGGUGCAGAGAGCUUCUCGGAAGCUAUGGCCAUGGGGUGUGAGGUGUACCAUCACUUGAAGACGGUGAUCAAGCAGAAAUACGGCCAAGAUGCAACCAAUGUUGGGGAUGAAGGAGGCUUUGCCCCGAAUAUCCAGAGCAAUAGGGAAGGGGUUGAGCUCUUGAUGACGGCCAUCAACCGUGCUGGGUACGAUGGAAAAAUCGGCAUUGGCAUGGACGUGGCCUCGUCCGAGUUCCUGACGAAAGACGGCAAGUACGAUCUGGACUUUAAGUCGGAGAACUCGACGGAUUUACUCACGGGAGAAGAGCUGGGUCAGCUGUACACGGACCUGGCAACUGAGUUCCCGAUCGUGAGCAUUGAAGACCCAUUUGACCAGGAUGACUGGACGCACUACUCGGCCUUUACUAAGGCUAUUGGUGACAAGGUGCAGGUGGUCGGCGACGAUUUGUUGUGCACCAACCCGAAGCGGAUUGCUACGGCUCUUGACAAGAAAGCGUGCAAUGCGUUGCUGCUCAAGGUGAACCAGAUCGGCAGCGUGACGGAGAGUAUUGAUGCAGUGGCACUUGCACAGAAGAAUGGAUGGGGGGUCAUGACGUCGCACCGUAGCGGGGAGACUGAGGACUCGUACAUUGCCGAUUUGGCUGUCGGCCUUGCUACGGGUCAGAUCAAGACUGGGGCUCCAUGUCGCUCGGAGCGUCUGGCUAAGUACAACCAGCUCUUGCGUAUCGAAGAAGCUCUUGGAAGCGACGCCAAGUACGCUGGCAAGCACUUUCGGAACCCGUCCAAGAUGUAG